AACCUAAAGAUGUGAAUUAAAUACACGAAAAGAGCAUGGUAAAUCAGAUGCAGGUGUUGUGUUGUAGCCCCGCCCACACCGGAAAAGUCGGAAUGAGAGUAUUUUUAUUUGUAAGGUGACGUGGAUUCGUCUGUAGUGCUGCUGCUCUCGACCUUUCAGCCGUUUUAUCGCGUAAACUAACGAUCGGGUAUCGGCUUUUCACUCUCCGCAUCUUUCACAGCAAUGUCCAGAGAUGAUAUUACAUAUAGGCGCGUGUUGAUGACUGGAUUUUGAAAAGAAAGAAGCGAUUCUGAGGAGUCUUGGAAAGCAGCUGAAACAGGUGUUGUCAUGACAGCAAGACUGGAAUGUAUGGGCCUGCUCGUUGCAGGUCGACCCAUGAGGCUCUGCGUGCUGGUUCUGUGUCUGUUGCCUCACUUUGGCUGGGCGGUUAGUUACAACAAAGGAGAUCCAGUGAUCCUGUAUGUUAACAAAGUUGGUCCAUAUCACAACCCCCAGGAAACCUAUCACUAUUACACACUCCCCGUCUGUAGACCUAAAGAGGUCCGUCAUAAGUCUUUGAGUUUGGGAGAGGUGUUAGAUGGAGACCGUAUGGCAGAGUCUCUUUACAAAAUCCGCUUCAAGGAAAACUCUGAGAGACAGACGCUGUGCCAGCUCACUCUUUCUGAGAAAGAGGUGGACCUGUUGCGAGAGGCGGUGGAGGAGCUGUAUUACUUUGAGUUUGUCCUAGAUGACAUUCCCAUCUGGGGUUUUGUGGGAUACAUGGAAGAAAGUGGAUUCCUGCCUCAUAGUCAUAAGGUGGGAUUAUGGACCCACUUAGACUUCAACAUAGAGUACAACGGCGACUCUGUGAUCUUUGCCAACGUGUCUGUGAAGGAUGUGAAGCCUGUGCCAUUAGAGGAAGGAGGGGUCGGCCACAUUGCUGGUGGCAGUCUGUCGGUCACCCACACCUACAGUGUGCGCUGGUUUGAGAGCACGUUGCCCCACUCGCGCAGGGCGGAGCGUCUUAGAGACUAUUCCUUCUUUCCCAAGACUCUGGAGAUCCACUGGCUGUCCAUCAUCAACUCACUGGUGCUGGUGGUGCUACUGCUGGGCUUUGUCAUCAUCAUCCUCAUGAGGGUGCUGAAGAACGACUUUGCCAGGUAUAAUGUGGAGGAGGAUGGGGCUUGUGAUGAUCUGGAUCAGGGAGAUAACGGAUGGAAAAUCAUCCACACGGAUGUCUUUCGCUUCCCACCGUGCAAGAGCCUUCUAUGUGCCGUUUUAGGGGUCGGGGCGCAGUUUCUGACACUGGCCACAGGAAUCAUUGUCAUGGCACUUCUGGGGAUGUUUAAUGUCCAUCGUCACGGUGCCAUAAACUCAGCAGCAAUUGUACUGUACGCUCUGACCAGCUGUGUAUCAGGUUACUGUUCCUGCAGCUUCUACACACAGAUUCAGGGUCAGCGCUGGGUCUGGAACAUUAUUCUCACGUCUGCACUUUUCUCUGCUCCUCUCUUCUUAACGUGGAGUGUUGUGAAUUCUGUUCAUUGGUGGAGCGGGUCAACCCAGGCCCUGCCUGCCACCACCGUGCUUCUGCUGUUAGGUGCCUGGUUGCUGGUGGGCUUCCCACUCACCGUCAUCGGUGGAAUCGUCGGAAAGAACAAAGCAGGCAACUUCCAGGCGCCGUGUCGUACACGCAACAUCCCCCGUCAGAUCCCCCAGCAGCCCUGGUACAAACACACGGCCGUGCACAUGGCCAUCGGAGGGUUCCUGCCUUUCAGUGCCAUAUCGGUAGAACUGUACUACAUCUUUGCCACUGUUUGGGGCCGUGAACACUACACGCUGUACGGUAUCCUGCUCUGUGUCUUUGCUAUUUUGCUCUCCGUGGGUGCCUGCAUCUCCGUGGCCCUCACCUACUUCCUGCUCUCAGGCGAGGACUACCGCUGGUGGUGGCGAAGCGUCCUGAGCACCGGAUCCACUGGCAUCUUUAUAUUCGUUUACUCUCUCUUCUACUACCACAAUCGCUCCAACAUGAGCGGCCUUGUACAGAGCGUGGAAUUCUUUGGAUAUUCUUUGCUCACCGCGUUUGUUUUCUCUCUCAUGCUGGGGACGGUCUCGUUCUGGGCCUCUCUGGCUUUCAUCCGUUACAUUUACCGUAGCCUUAAGAUGGACUAAAGAGGGACGCUGACUACUUCCUGUCAAAACGCCCAAAGGGGGUGGAGUGAGACUCGUGGACCAGAUCCUCACAGAGCCCUGCAUGAGCAGGUUUUGUGUUGCAGAAUUAUGUUAAACUGUUGCCAACUUUGAGAGGUGUAGGGAACAGAUGAAAACUGACAAAAGACUAAUUUAAUAUUUUAUUUUGCUCACCAACACCCUGAUACUUAAAAUGCACAUAGGUACAUAGUUGCUAGAUGAUAUGCACAUCAAAUACGGAUGUAUUUGAGAGCCAUUUAAAGUUGCUGAACAGGAAAUUGUUGCAUACUUCAUAUAGGUUGCAUCAAGUAUCCAAGCCCAAAAAGUUGCAUUUUGGAUUUUGUUAACGUAGUGCAUUUAAAAUGACUAAAAUGAUUAAAUGUUAAACUCACAUGAUGAGGGGAAUGGACAUAGAGGCCUUCAUAUCUAUAUAUUGUUCACAUGACCAUGAAGGAGAUAAAGCACUUAUGAGUUAAGUGAUAAUGAGUAUAGGUGGAUAUAUAUGGUUAUGAACAGGGUAAAGAGAGGCAUGUGUUGCAUUGUGUGCAGUAUACACAUAUUUGACCAAAAUAUUUGUUUUAGAAUAAAAGCGCCUGAAGAAAUGAAGAAUGGGUUAUGGAAGCAAUACGAUGCUUUAGUCGCCAUCAAACUGUUCGGUUGAAAUGUAAAUAUACAAUGUUUGCAAUAAAGUCACUUUUAUUAUGGUAAG